CGCCCCUCGCUGACAGAGGCCGGGCUGGGCUGGGCUGGGCAGGGCCGCGCGGGCAGGUGAGAGGCGCCCGCCCGGCCGCGUCCUCCCCACGGGCUCCACCGGCGGCCCUGGCCGUGCGUCGCCGUCGGUCCUCCGGGAGGCUCCUUCCGUUGCGGGCGCUCGGCUCCGCGCGUCUCGUCGGCGACGGCGUCCCAGCCCGAGCUCCGCGCCCACCCUGCAGUGCCGAGCCAGCCGGAGAGGGGGCGCCCGCCGGACCCUAGCCUCGCACGCCCCUCUCACCCGGGACCGGCUGGCCUUGAACUCACUACAUAGCUUAGGCUGGUCACGGUGAUCCUGCUGCUUCAGCCUCCUGAAUGCUGAGAUUACAGGCAUGUACAACCAUGCCCAGCUGGUCAGAUUUUUGAACAAAAAAGCCCGUGGACACAUUGAAAAUGAAGGCAACAUGCAUUCACUCUACCAAAGCUCUGGGAACAAAACUAAUUUGGAUGGAGGACUAUUCAGCAGAUCCAACAGGUGCUCCUCCAAGCGGAGCCUUGGAGGGCAAGGCCGGCACCAUUACCUCCAACGAGUGGAGCUCUCCCAACUCCCCUGCGGGGAGCAGUGUGUCCGGGGGCAGCCAGGCAUUGGACAAGCCCAUCGACAAUGAUGCAGAGGGUGUGUGGAGCCCGGAUAUCGAGCAGAGCUUCCAGGAGGCUCUGGCCAUUUACCCACCUUGCGGACGGCGCAAGAUCAUAUUGUCGGACGAGGGCAAGAUGUACGGUCGCAAUGAACUGAUUGCCCGCUACAUCAAGCUUCGGACAGGGAAGACCCGCACCAGAAAGCAGGUCUCCAGCCACAUCCAGGUACUGGCUCGACGCAAAGCCCGUGAGAUCCAGGCCAAACUCAAGGAUCAGGCAGCUAAGGACAAGGCGCUGCAGAGUAUGGCUGCCCUGUCGUCCGCCCAGAUCAUCUCAGCCACCGCCUUCCAUAGGAAAGUGGCCCUUGCCCGGGGUCCAGGCUGCCCAGCCGUCUCAGGGUUUUGGCAAGGAGCGUUACCAGGCCAAGCCGGAACAUCCCAUGAUGUGAAACCCUUCUCUCAACAAACCUACACUGUCCAGCCUCCGCUGCCUCUGCCAGGGUUUGAGUCUGCGGCGGGACCCACCCCAUCACCCUCAGCACCCCCGGUGCCCCCAUGGCAGGGCCGUAGUGUGGCCAGUUCCAAGCUCUGGAUGUUGGAGUUUUCUGCCUUCUUAGAGCAGCAACAGGACCCAGACACGUACAACAAGCACCUGUUUGUACACAUUGGCCAGUCAAGUCCAAGCUACAGCGACCCCUACCUCGAAGCCGUAGACAUCCGCCAGAUCUAUGACAAAUUCCCAGAAAAGAAGGGCGGGCUCAAGGAGCUCUUUGAACGGGGACCCUCGAAUGCCUUUUUUCUCGUGAAGUUUUGGGCAGAUCUCAACACCAACAUCGAGGAUGAAGGCAGCUCCUUCUAUGGAGUCUCCAGCCAGUAUGAGAGUCCCGAGAACAUGAUCAUUACCUGCUCCACCAAGGUGUGCUCAUUCGGCAAGCAGGUGGUAGAGAAAGUGGAGUGCCCUGGUCCUGGAGCUUCCCCACAGAGCUGGGCCUGGGCUGGAGAUGAGGGGAUUCUGAGCUCCCGCUGUCCCCUGGGUCUGCAGACAGAGUACUCUCACUAUGAGAAUGGUCACUACUCAUACCGCAUCCACCGCUCACCACUCUGCGAGUACAUGAUCAACUUCAUCCACAAGCUGAAGCACCUGCCCGAGAAGUACAUGAUGAACAGCGUGCUGGAGAACUUCACCAUCCUGCAGGUGGUCACCAACAGAGACACACAGGAGACCCUGCUCUGCAUUGCAUAUGUCUUUGAGGUGUCGGCCAGUGAGCACGGAGCUCAGCACCAUAUCUACCGGCUGGUGAAGGAAUGAGAGACUCAGGGAGCAGGGUGGGGGGAGAGACGUGUGCAGGAAAUGGGGACAUGGGAGGGGACCCACAGGGCAGCCCCUGGAAGUGCCAAGACAGCAGAGUGGAGCUGGCGUGACUCUGCCAGAGGCACGCUGCCUGUGCCUGCUCUGCCCCUCCCCCAAUAAACCCAAGGUGUUGUGCGUGUGCA